ACCGAUCGUCCCAUAAUCCCCAAUCGUCACGGUACUCCAGAUGUGAACAGGAUGUGAGUCACAAGAUAAUACUGAGCUUCAGCACCGAGCACAGGACGACACAAGAUGUCUGCUGAUCUCUACUGUACGAGUGACUCAGGGGGAAAUAAUGCAAGUCUUCAAGGCACCAUAGUGGGGGGCAGCAAACCUUUACACCGCUUCAUUCAGGGUCAACCCAAGAUUAUUGGCAUCAUUGCACUGGUCUUGGGCUCAUCCUUCUUCAUCAUAUCCAUCGCAAUCAUGCCAGACAACUCUAUUCAGUUCCUCAUGACAGCUGUCCCGCCUGGCUUCUUGCUUGGAACAAUGUUCAUCAUAUGUGGGAUUCUAUAUAUUCUGACAGAACACAACCCGACCAAGAAAACAGUAACCAUAUCGUUGGCUCUGAGUGUUGUGACCAUACUGGGGGCAGCUUGGUCUGUAAUGCACAUCCUGCCCGGUAUUGUUCACUACAAUUACUACAGGGACAAUGAAUAUGUUCUCAUUUACAAUACAUCUAUGUCAUAUGAGGACAUGGUCAUGUCUUUGGAAGUGAUCUUCCUGGUCUACAGUGUUGUGGGUGUAAUUCUUUUCAUUGUAAUGUCAUGUCGGGCUGUGACUGCCCUGCGUUCCACUAAGAGCCAGGCCAUGAUAGUGAUGACUACUACGCCGGAUGAAAGUGGAAUAAGGAGCACAAGUGGAAGGUCUGAAGUGCCAUGAAUUGAGACUAGAGAAGAAACAUGAAGCACAUAAAGACAGACAAGUAUUUAUCUCUGUGGGAAUAACAGGAUAUGUGAUUCCAUGGUUGCUGCAUACAAUGCAAUACAGAUAUUAUGUAAGAAUAUAUAUUGCCUUGUGGUGUUUCUGUGAUCUAUUAAUACCAUCACGUGAGCACUAUAUUUCUAUCUUUUGAACAUUUGCCACAAGACUUGACAGGAUGAUAGCAUUGAACUUCCCCCACUGCAUGGUCAACUUACAACUAUUACUCUGCAGUCUGGCGAUAAUAAUAAUAAUAAUAAUAAUAAUACAUUUAUUUAUAUAGCACCUUUAGAAAUAGAGUUUACAAAGUGCUCUACAUAUAAGCAAGGUAAAAACAUA